UAACGUCUUCCUAUACUGUGAUCAACCCUACUGUGUGAAUCUUUAACCGAGCUCAAGUCACAGUGUCGCCUGUUUUUCAGCGUUAAAUCCGUGCAUCUUGCAUUUUUAAACGCCGUGAUUUUUUUGCGAGUUGUAAAAACCUACAGCCAUGCCUAAAAGGAGCAAAGCGAACAAUGAUGCUGAAGUCACUGAGCCUAAAAGAAGGUCGGAGAGGUUGGUGAACAAACCUACACCCCAAAAGGCAGAACCUAAGCCAAAGAAGGCGCCUGCCAAACCUAAGAAAACAAAGGAACCCAAGGAGCCCAAGGAGGAGGAGAAGAAAGAGGAGGUGCCCGCAGAAAACGGAGAAACAAAAGAUGACGAAGAGGCAACGGAAGACGCCGACAAGAAGGGAGAAGACGGGGAAUAACUUUGCUGAGGUCUCAUCUUUUACCAGCACUCCCUGUACCUCUUUUCUUGUACAAUUCAGGGGAAUAUUUUUAU